AUGAGUGCCCCAGCCCAGAAGUUCAAGGUCGCCGAUAUCUCCCUUGCCGCCUUCGGCCGCAGGGAAAUCGAGCUUGCCGAAAAUGAAAUGCCUGGUCUCAUGGCCACCAGAGCCAAGUAUGCUGCUGAGCAGCCUCUUGCUGGUGCCCGUAUCGCCGGUUGUCUCCACAUGACCAUCCAGACUGCCGUCCUCAUCGAGACCCUUACUGCUCUCGGUGCUGAAGUCACCUGGACCUCCUGCAACAUCUUCUCCACACAGGACCAUGCUGCUGCUGCCAUUGCCGCCUCCGGUGUCCCAGUUUUCGCCUGGAAGGGUGAGACUGAGGAGGAGUACAACUGGUGCUUGGAGCAACAGCUCCUUGCCUUCAAGGAUGGAAAGUCCCUCAACCUCAUCUUGGAUGACGGUGGUGAUCUCACCUCCCUCGUUCACUCCAAGUACCCCGAGAUGCUCAAGGGAUGCUACGGUCUCUCUGAGGAGACCACCACUGGUGUUCACCACCUCUACCGCAUGCUCAAGGACAAGAAGCUCCUCGUCCCAGCUGUCAAUGUCAAUGACUCCGUCACCAAGUCCAAGUUCGAUAACUUGUACGGAUGCCGUGAGUCGCUCGUUGACGGUAUCAAGCGUGCUACUGAUGUCAUGAUUGCUGGUAAGGUCGCCGUUGUUGCCGGAUACGGUGACGUCGGUAAGGGUUGCGCCAUGGCUCUCCACGGAAUGGGUGCCCGUGUCAUCGUCACUGAGAUCGAUCCCAUCAACGCCCUCCAGGCCGCCGUCUCCGGUUUCCAGGUCACUACCAUGGAGGAGGCUGCUUCCAUCGGUCAGAUCUUCGUCACCACCACUGGAUGCCGUGACAUCUUGACCGGAGAACACUUCCAACAGAUGAAAAACGAUGCUAUCGUCUGCAACAUUGGUCACUUCGACAUUGAAAUCGACGUCGCCUGGCUCAAGACUAACGCUAAGAACGUUGUCAACAUCAAGCCACAGGUCGACCGCUUCGAGCUUUCCAACGGCAACCACAUCAUCCUCCUCGCUGAGGGCCGUCUCGUCAACUUGGGUUGUGCCACUGGCCACUCCUCUUUCGUCAUGAGCUGCUCCUUCACCAACCAGGUCCUCGCCCAGAUCUUGCUCUUCAAGCAGGAAGACGAGGCCUUCAGGAGCAAGUAUGUUGAGUUCGGCAAGGGUGGUAAACUCGAUGUCGGUGUCUAUGUCCUCCCCAAGAUCCUCGACGAGGAGGUUGCCCGUCUCCACCUCGACCACCUUGGCGUCAAGCUCUCCAAGCUCUCCACCACCCAGGCUGACUACCUCGGCUUGGAAGUUGAGGGUCCAUUCAAGUCUGAGCUCUACAGAUACUAA